AGGGGAUCAUUAUUAUUAUUAGUACUUGGGAAAUGUAAAUUUCGAAAUUUUUGGUGUUAUAGCUGGUGGGUGUUGCUUUUUCAGUGAUUUUAGUUAAAAAUAAACAUGGGUUAUUUUUUUUUAGUAUUAUGUUUUUGUAUAAUAUAGUUGAUUGUGAGUGAAGUAAGGGAGUUUAUUGGUUUUGUGAGUUGCUUGAUCUGGUGGGUCUUCUGAGAAUCUUGCAAAUUGGGGUUUUUCUGCUCAAGAGUUUUGCAGUUCAAGUCCCUGAAAAUAAAGGAUUUAAUUGACUAGAAGAAUAUUUUAUAUGUAAUGAUACACGGUUUCCGGACAUGGAGAGGGCUAAAGAAUCAAAGAAACUUAUGGUUAUGGGGAAAGUGCCCAUUUCCAAUGAGGUGUCAAAUGCACAUAAGGCCUCAGUAAGGGAAUUCAGUCAGCUACCACAGUUGCACUUGCAUGAUGUAGUUCAGCUAUCCAAUGCACACGAGCUACUCCAGCUGUCAAAUGCGCGUGAGGUAGGCCAUCUAUCAAAUGCGCGUACAGUCUCAGUAAGAGAAUUGGGCCAGUUAUCAAAUUCGCGUAUGGUUUCAGUAAAAGAUGUUCGUCAGAUACCAAAUGUGCCUAUGGUUUUCGUAAGAGAAGAUGGAACUGAAGCAAGGGACUCUCAAGAUUCAGACUCACCUGCACCUCUAAGAACAUGGAGAGGAAAAACCUCUUUGCCUGAACGUGAAGAAUUUAUGCCCGAUGUCAUCACAUUUAAGGGAAGUGGGGAUUCAUUUGAGGAAGGUGGUUCUAGUUCUUUUUCUGGGGCUAGUCAUCCCCCUGAACCUGUUGAUACAGAUCUAAUGAGAACGGUUUAUGUUCCAAUAGGUCAAAACAAAUCUGAGGGAGGAUGCUUAAUGAAGAGCUUGUCCAUGAAGGGUCCCUUUCUAGAAGAUCUUUCAAUUCGGGUUCCUGCUAAAAAACCAGGCCCAGCUGUUCUUUCCCCUGCAGAAAGUUUGGUUGAAGAACUAAAUGAUGUUGGUGCUUUGUGUUCACCAUUUUCAGUUCCUCGUGGAUCACAAAAUACAGAAAACUCCCUCCACCCAGAUUCUGAUGACAAGGAAUGUGUGUGGGAUGCUUCUUUGCCUCCAAGUCCACAUAGUAGCAUUGACAGUACUGGUGUUGUUACAGCUAUGAGUGUUGUCAAUAGCUGUGCCAGUACAUAUCGGAGCGAUGCAAUCACAAGUGAUGGAAUGCUAAGUGUGGAGAGGAACUUUGAGUAUAUAAAAGGGAGUGUUAGAGGGGAUUCACUUGAGAGUGCAAAAACUAGUGUUAGUCGAGCAAGUGAUAGUAGUGGCCUUAGUGAUGAUAGUAAUUGGAGCAACAUUACUGGAAGUGCUAAUAAGCCUCACAAAGGAAAUGAUCCUAGGUGGAAGGCUAUUCUUGCCAUCCGAGCUAGGGAUGGAAUUUUGGGAAUGAGUCAUUUUAGAUUGCUCAAGCGGCUUGGUUGUGGUGACAUUGGCAGUGUGUAUCUCUCAGAGUUGAGUGGGACUCGUUGCUUUUUUGCAAUGAAAGUAAUGGACAAGGCAUCCCUUGCUAGCAGGAAGAAAUUGAGUAGGGCUCAGACAGAGAGGGAGAUUUUGCAGCUGCUGGACCAUCCAUUUCUCCCAACUUUAUAUACACAUUUUGAGACUGACAGAUUCUCCUGCUUGGUCAUGGAAUAUUGUCCAGGGGGUGAUCUUCACACUUUAAGGCAACGGCAACCUGGGAAACAUUUCUCUGAGUAUGCUGCACGGUUUUAUGCGGCAGAGGUUCUGUUGGCCCUUGAGUAUCUUCACAUGCUUGGAGUUGUGUAUAGGGACUUAAAACCUGAAAAUGUUUUGGUUCGUGAUGAUGGACACAUAAUGCUUUCAGACUUUGACCUUUCCCUCAGAUGUACUGUUUCCCCGACCUUGAUAAAAACCUCCUUGUUGGAUUCUGACCCUUCAAAACGGGCAGCUGGUGGUGCAUUCUGCGUCCAACCUGCCUGUAUUGAGCCUUCUUCAGUAUGCAUCCAGCCUGCCUGUUUUAUUCCCCGGAUAUUCCCUCAAAAAGGCAAGAAGAAGACCCGAAAAACUAGAGUUGAGCUUGGGUUGCCAGCCAGUACACUUCCAGAGCUUGUUGCAGAGCCUACUGCAGCCCGAUCUAUGUCAUUUGUUGGAACCCAUGAAUACCUAGCCCCAGAAAUUAUCAAGGGAGAAGGCCAUGGCAGUGCAGUUGAUUGGUGGACAUUUGGCAUUUUCUUGCAUGAGUUACUGUAUGGUAAAACCCCAUUCAAAGGCUCAGGAAACCGCGCAACACUAUUCAAUGUAGUAGGGCAGCAACUCAGAUUCCCAGAGUCACCAGCAACUAAUUAUGCAAGUCGGGAUCUGAUCAAAGGCUUGCUGGUGAAGGAGCCACAGCACCGACUUGGGGUGAAGAGGGGUGCAACCGAGAUCAAGCAGCACCCCUUCUUUGAGGGUGUAAAUUGGGCUCUAAUACGUUGCAGCACACCACCAGAAGUGCCUAGACCAGUGGAGGCUGAGUUUCCCGGGAAGUUUGGGCCACCAGUUGACAUGGUUGGGGUUGGUAGCGGCAGUAAAAGGAUGGUAGGAGGAGGAAUAGGAGGAGGAGGAGGAGGAGUAGUAGGAGGAGGAGGGACAGACAUGAGGCCUGGGGGUAAAUAUCUGGACUUUGAGUUCUUUUAGUUUUGGGAAUACAGGAUUGUUGUGCUAUGUUGUAUUAGUUUCAUUAGUUGAUCCUACAAGGAGUUUUUCCUUCAUUACUGUCUACUAGUGGUGAUCUUUAGCUUACCUUUAAAAAAAAAAAAAAAAAAAAAAUUCCACUCCAUUUGGAAAAUUGGCACCUCCAGUUCACAGAGUAUGUGAAUUAAGCCUGUUGGGUUGUAAACAUGGCCUGACAUCAAAAUCAGAUUAGAUAAUCUCAAACGUAGUAUUAUAUAUAGAAAACUCAUUUUUCUUAAUUACAGCUAAUGUUUCAUUUUAAUUAAGUUAUUGGAACAAAUAUUACCAGUUGCAAU